UAAUGAGUGAGGGAAAGACAGCUCGAGUAGCGAUAUUAGUCUUACUUUGGUAAUGUGUUUGCUCAUUUAAACAAGAUACCUAGUCAUAAUUUUAUUAAUAUUGAUGAAUUAUUGAACAGUUUUGUAUAUAAAUUGCGGUUGUUUGGCAGCGGGAGCUAGCACUAAUAUGUAUGUCGGGCGAUAAAGUGUUUUAAAAUAAAAAUUCCCUUCUUCUUUUUGACAACGCCUGGUCAAAAAUAGCUGACACAGGAACAAAAAUAUUGAUAACAAAAUAAAUGGAAUUCGGAAGUCUUCACAAAUGAUAUUCCAGACGUUUUAAAAACUCUAUACACACACAUGUGACAAAUUUCAAUAUCGAUGAUUAAACAGCGGUUAAAAAUCUACGAUUGCAAUUCAAAGAUCAAUAGCCAAAAUCAUUGAUAAGAUGGAAAGUGUUGGCGACAAAUCAAAAUGUUCGAACAUAAUUCGGGUGAAACUCCUGAAACAGAAGAAAUAUGGCCUUGGUUUUCUAGUCCGCAAAAGGUCUAAAGGACCGCAUGUAGUGGUGUCUGAACUCGUAUCGAAUGGUACUGCUGCUGAAAGUGGGCUUGUUCAGAUAGGUGACGUCAUACUUAAAGUCAAUGACGUCAGCUUUGAUGAUCUUAGUUAUGAAAAAUCGGUCGAAGUGUUAAAAUCACUUCCAGUUGGCGUUGUAGUUGUUUUGAUUUUAAAGGGGCCGGAAGGCUACACUACACAUUUAGAAACACGCUUUAACCAAGAUGGAACACCAAAAACCGUGAGAAUUACAAAACCAAUAUUGCAUUCAGAGAGCUUCAUUGGCAGGAUAAGGAAAACGUUUUCUGCAGGCGCCUCAGGCCGCUCUUGCAGAACAAAACAGACCCAGGCGAACUGUGAGUGUCAUAAAACGCUGCAAGGCGAUGAAGCACAAUUCCUCCGGCGAAAUGGAGACCUUCAUAGCGAAAAUCAGUGUCUCGACAAAUCUCAAUUAUCACAGGGGUCGAAGGGUAGUACGACAACACAUUCUACAUCUAAUGAACCAAACAAUUCAAAUACAAACUUAAUCCGUUCAACAAAAUCCUCCGAAUCUAACAAGGAUGCUAUUAGUGUAGAUACGGUCUCGCAUAUUAACGACACCGUAUCAAAUAAUAAUUCGCAUAAAAUUGUAUCGACAGAUUUACAAAAGGAGAAUGAAGAUCCACAAUGUAACACAGGUAAAUCAGCUUCGAUAAACGGUUCUGAUUUCACAGUGAAUAAUAUGGAUAUUAUGAAUAAGGAACAACAGAAGAAAUGCAAUAAUAAAAUGUUAAUGUUAGAUAUAAAGCCUUUGAAAUCGGGAGGAAAUAAAAAUACAGAAGAAAAUGCUACCGUUUCCAAUGAUGAUAAACUGUAUUGUAAUGGAAAUGACACUAAAAACAACAGUGUGACAAAACUUAUCACAAAGGAUACUUCUGAAAAUAAGCAUUCAAUGGUCAAGAAAGAAAACGGCGAGAAUGUCGCAGAGAAUGGUCAAAUAGAGCAAGUGAAUAAACCUGGAAACAAAGUAUCCAAUGAAAAUAGUAUAAAUAUCAUUCAAUCAUCAAGCGAUGAAAAUGUCUUCAUAUCAAAGGCGCAUCAUGACGGAAAAGUUGAUAAAUUGGGUAACGUUUCCACAAAAGGUUCCCCUGCUAAGAAAUUUGUAAAACUUCGACAUGUUGGGGAAGAAAGGCCUGUCUGUACAGAUACGCUACACCAAAAGGCAAUUGAGCCAAUGCCGUGCAAUGCAAGAUUUUGUUUGGGUUCUGUUAUGGAUGUUGGCCUGGUUGGAGCCGAAUCAAGAUCCGCACAAGAAGUCUUAGUUCACGCCAAAGAUUUCAUCAAUCAGUAUUAUCAAUCAAUUAAAAGGUUUAACACCCCCGUGCAUUUAAACAGAUGGACUGAAGUUGAAAAGUCCAUAAUGGAUAAAGGAACAUAUGAACUGACCACGCCAGAGCUGACGUAUGGCGCCAAAACUGCCUGGAGAAAUGCAGCAAGAUGUAUUGGCCGAAUUCAGUGGUCAAAAUUACAG